CCGCAGUCGUAGAGUGUGUGACUAUACUACAGGUCCUCCAAACCAUAGAUAACGCCGAGCUAGAGAGUCUCUUUCGAGCGCCGCUCUAUUCUCUGUUUAACUAAGGAGAAAAAGUGUGUCUACAGAUACUCAGCUUUUGCAAAUUUGGCGGGAGUGCUGCAAUGAUGGCAGAGGCCGGGGCUGUUGUGUUAGGUGAUGGGUCACAGAACAGCUCAGGAGGCAGCAGUGGCGAUGUUGCGAUUAAGAAAAACAAAGGUCCUCAUGUUGUGAAAUCCCGUUAUAUGCAGUAUGACAAGGGCAAGAUUGCAAAGAAAAAUUUGUCUAAUACAACAGUGUGUUCUGGUGGGAAGGCCUCAGAUAAGAGUGGCAGCGGGACCCCUACUCGGAGAUCCAUAGCUCCUCAGCGAAUGAAAGGUCUGCCAGGUGUGCCUUCCAGUGCCAUGGAUGGAAACCUUUUCUGGAAAGAAGACCUGCAGUCGACUUUAUUAGAUGGACACAGAGCUGGCCGUCCAGAACUGGACCUUUCUGUAAUUAAUGAUAAAACCAUGCAGAGAUCAACUCCUAAGUCAGUGUCUGCUUCGGAACAGAAAAAAGCGAAAAAAGACACCUCUUCUGUAAACGCUUUUCCUGACGACAUGGUAGAGAUGUUGGAAUCCCAAACCUUAUUGUUAACAUAUCUUGCGAUGAAGAUGCAGAAGAAUCUUGGUCGUCUCGAAGAGAAGGCUGAAAGGAGUCUGUUAAUAGUUAGUGACGAGAAGGAUCACUUGCAGGAAAUGGUGCACAAACUCAGACGGGAGAAAAUGCUUUUUCAGAGAGAAGAGGAACUCAAAGAUUUGUUAGAGAAGCAGACUGAAGCUUUGGCGCCCUCUGUCGAAGCCAAAGAAACUUUCAAGGACAAUUACCGAACAUUUGCCUUGGCUCUUGACUGUACCAGACACCAACUGCCCAUAAAGGAUAUUCAUAUUGCUGGCACCCGGCAGAGAUACCUUGAGGAGCUGCAGAAACACUUGGAAAUCUCCAAAUCACUCCUGGACGAGACUGUAUCAUCCUCAUCUGGGGAAAAUGCAGAAUUAUUUGGCACAAUCAAGGACCUGGAAGAUACUGUGCGCAAGACUGAUGCAGAACUUUCACGGACUUUCCACCAGGUUUUGGACUUAUCAUUCAAAGUCAACAAAGAAAUCUCUUUACAGAACCAGAAGGCUGUGGAGGAAAGCUGUGAGCUGGAUGUGGUGAAGCAGUGGUAUUUUGACCAGGCCAUUCCUUAACCCUACAAAAA